CCGUUUGUCCCAGGCUCCCCGCGGCGGCGCGGGGCGCGGGGCCGGGGCGCCCGGGCAGCGGGGCGCGAUGCCGGCCUGAGGGGCUGCGGAGGGCAGCGCAGCGGGGCCGGCAGCGGGGCCCGCCGCCCCCCGGCUAGGGAGCUCCGCCGCCCCCCGGCAAACGCCGCUGCAAAUGUCCCUUGUCCCUUGGUGCACGCUGCCAGCUGGUGCCUCCCUCCUCUCUGAAGCGUAACCGGGGAGGGGGUGGAAAGCAGAGGAAGUUUGGUAUUUUGUUUGUUGUUUUGUUUUGUUUUUUUUUUCCUUCAGGUUUUGGAAAGGGGUUCCUGGCCCUUCCCUCGCUGAGGGCUGCGGAGCGGGGCGGCGGAGGAGAGAGGGGCAGCGCGGGGAGCGGGCUGUGCGGACCCUUGUCCUCCCCGCCCCGCCGCCCCGCGCCCGGGCUGCUGCGGGGGGCUCCGCCGAGCUCCCCCGAGCCUGGCCGCAGCCGCCCGGCGGAUGCGGGUGCGCGCGUCUGUCUGCGCCUAACCCUGCCUCGGCUCCUCGGGUUUGUACCAUGCUGAAGAUCCUCACCAAAAAGCUCAGGAACCAGAGUCUGAAUGAAAUUCAGCCUUUUCAGCUAAAGAUCUCCUACCCCCCAAGUGAUGAGGACAGCGAUGAUUCUGAGGAAGAGAACCAGGAACUUGCUCAGAUCGACAGAGAGAGAAGACGGAAUUGUACUUUGACCCCUCUGGCCACUAACCAGCUCCAGAACCAGGAGAACCAAUGCUGCAAGGUUCGGGCCCUCUUCCAGGCCAGCCUUGACCGCCACAGCUCAGAAGAGGAGCUGGAGCGCAUCAACCGAGAGUUUGCGGCUGAGAAGCGGAAGUGGUCCCAGGUCAGCAGGCUUGCCUGCUGCAGUGACAGCAACAACACCUCCUCCAGCGACGAAGAAGUGAAGAACUUGUGUGCGAUGUCCUUCCGGCCUGUGGCAGAGCAGGCCGAUGGCCUGCACGCCAGCCCAAGCCCCGUGCUGUUCAGUGCCUCCCCUCCCAAGAGACUCCAGCCCCUUGUGUGCAGCCCAGCCUCCAGACCUCUAAUUAUCACAAGCGUUGGGGCGGGCCUUGAGCAAGUCAUGCCCUGUAAGAGACAUCGGCAAGGAUAUGGGGAUAAGGUCAGCAGGCCCAGCCUUGACCUGGAAAAAAUGCAGCAGAUGCUGCUCAAGAAGAAUUGUGGAGUGAAGACUAGAGUUAUUAAAAUUCGUAGCAUCAACGGAGGCCGCCCACCGCCCCACUUUGUGUACGAUCCAUCCACCUUUGCCUUCCGUUCCCUCAGCACCUUGAAGCCUCUGAGCCCAAUAGCUCCAGUGGAAGAACCAUCAUGUGCCUACUGAAGGAGUUUCUCCAAAAACCUCAGGAACUAUCAACCAACCACCUGCCUGGCGGGGAGAACGGGAGGUGGUGAUACCCAAGGGGAUGGGUGGGAGAAGAAGGGGACAAUGACGUAUCUUGGCAAUACAGCCUCUCUGGCAGCAGGAAACAUACGGCUUUGCAGCAGUGCCUGUUUUCAUACCAUUGCCAUAUCUGAGUAGUGGCAAAGGGUGAGAUUUUUGUCUUUCAGGGCAAACCAAACCAGUCAGGUCCACAAACUGCAUGUGCAGCCACCAAGGCAGUGUCAAACACGUGGAUGGUGGUAGUUGAAGACUACCCGUCAGGGUUUCAGGGCUAGCAUAGCCUACAUGGCAGCAGGGAUGAGUGAUCAGGGUAUGAAACCAAGCCCAGCCAGUUUCCAAAGAGUACCUGGGUCUACAAUGCUUUGCUAUGGACCUGAUCCUUCCCCCAGUCAAAAGUGAGCUCAGGAUUGGAGACAGAGGCUGUACAGGGCUGCCUGCAAAGCAAGAAAAUCCCUCUCUGAGUCUGUUAUAAUUGCAUCCACUUCAAGCUCUCUUGGGUGGAAGACCCUAGGAGAAAGAGGUGGGAGGGGUUAACUGGCAAAUUAGCUGCAUGUUCCAGCUGGUCUGCCAGCAAUGCAGUGAUAUCUAAAAUGGGGUUGUAGAUCAGGGGUUAAAAUACAAUUCUAGAAUGGAGGGUCUGUGUUCAGCAUCCAAGGAAACACAGUACCCACCCUCAGUCCUCUUGGAAUCGUUAGAGAGAAGAACUUGAGGGAGUGACUGCGUGCUCUUGGGUCUCCUCUGCCAAGGCUGUCUGUGUUCUGGAUUAUGCAGCACUUCUCCACAGCAUUGUCCCAGUACCCUGCUGCCCUAACAUGAUACUGAAGGUAACUGGUAUCACCAAACUCAACCAAAUCUAAUGUCUCUAGCAAGCUUCCCACUCCCCCAUUAUGCUGACUAAUAAAUUCAUUUAGACCCUCCUCAUACCAAUAUAUUGAAAGAUGUAGCAUGGAGUGGGGAAAAAAGGGUCUCUGUUUUUUGGCCACCUGUUGGUGGAACAACCCGGAGGGGAGUUUGGUUGAAGCUGUGGGAUAUUUUCCUAUAGGCAGUCCUUGGGCAGUUAGGACUAUGCUAGGCCUUGCUACCACUGGAGUUUGACUGAGAUCCGGCCUUGUGGCAUGUGUUUUGUGUUGCAAGGCAGUAGCUGAUGGGAUAAGCUCUCACCUCUCCUGCUGAGGCAGAGGAACAAGGCAUUUCCUCUUGCUGCACCUGGGGGAGAGAGUAACCUCUUAGUCUAGGCAUUCCUCACCUUGAGCCCCUACCUGGCAAGUGCAAGGGGGAGUGAGUAAGUUUAUUUCUUGUCUAGAUCAAGAGGAGAAACUGUGAGCAAUAUAAAAUUUCUGUUCUAAAAUUGGCUUGUGUGGAAGCCUUUGCCACUCUCUGGAUAAGACCAAUGGUCAGUUUGACUUCCAGUAGGAGGCCACACAGUGAACCAGCAUUCACUGGUGCUUUCUGGACCCUUCAUUGAAACCCUUGGGGAAAGCCCAGAGGCUGUCUAGGCCUCAGAUCCUGAGUCCCUCACCCCUGUUCUCCUCCCUCUCCAACCUUCUCUUACUUGGUCAGGCAGAGCAGCUGGGCAAGGCAGUAAGGGGAUUUCUGUCUUCAUGUUUCCCCAUCUCUGCAUGCUCCUUGGCUCCACAACUUCACAGCUGGGCCACCCCCUGCACCAGCACCAACUCCAAGGGGUCACUGGGGUUUGCUGGCAAGGUGCCUCUGGCAGAGCAUCACGGUUCCCUGCAAGAAGUCCUUUCUUCUGAUAGAGGCUGAUUUCUCUGCUUAUUCCUCCUGUCUCUGCAAAGACUCUGCUCAUCUGAUUUUGAUGGCACACCUCAGCUUUUUAACUGCUUCCAGAUCAACCUGAACAGUGCAGGACAGGAAGCAUCACCCCUUUGGACCAAAUCCCUGUACUCAGAAGGGACAGCCAUAGCUCAACUGAAGAGGCAUGUUCCCCAUGCAGAUGGCUGGGGUGGUAGCCCCUACACGGCUCCAUGCCCCCAGACUUUGCUCAGCAAGAGUUGCCAAGGUGCUUGGCCCCAGAGAUGUGUUUCUGCCAGCCUGUGGGUGCAGCAGACUGCCUUCCCCCUGCUUGGAACAGGGAUGUCGUUCCAGUGUUGUUGCCUUUUAGAACUUUUGUAACUUUUCUGUCUUUUUCAAUCAGAAGGAAGAAUAAUAAUAAUAAUAAAAACAAACAAAAAAACAAAACAAAACAUAAAAACAACAAUGAAAUGAAAUAAAGUGUGAGAGCUGCUAUAUUCA